AGUGUUGGUACUAUCUGCGUACUUUGGAGAUGAUGAGGUAAUAAACAGAGUCAGAAACUUGGCAAUAAACAAUAACAAAAUUUAUCGAUGAAGAUUAGUGGAAAAAUUUCAAAAUGGGUCGAAAAUGUUCGGUAAAUGAUUGUAUUAAUAAUGUUUCCAGAAACAUUUCAAAAUCAUUCUACGGUUUUCCCAAAGACAGUGAAACAUGUUUGAUGUGGGUAAAAUUUUGUGGCUGCAAAGACCUGGAACGGAUAUUCUUCAGCGAUGGUCCUUCGGGUUUGUGUAAAAGACGGAUAUGCUCGGAUCACUUCGCAACAGAGUCGUUUCGAAAUGCACAGCUACUAGACAGAGGGAUUCUAGCUGGCGCUGUUCCAGUUUAUCCGGCCCAUCAGCGGAAAGAAGUUGUAGGCGAAUUCGUCAUAUUCCACCUGUAUUUUAAUGAUUAGCAUAGUUUUAAUAUUUAAGACUUGAUAAUUAGACGAAUGUAAUUACAGAAUGGUCAUAUUUCUUUAUGCAA